AUGAAUCGACUCCCACGAUACUUCAAACCUUCUUUACUAGCCUCACGUCUUCCUAGUACUAGCAAUAGCCUCUUAGGAGGCUCAAAAAAAACAAUUAUGAAAAUACCGAAGACGACAAACAUUUAUCUAUCGCAAAGAACGUACGCCACACACAAAGAACUCAAAUUCGGAGUAGACGGUCGCGCAUCAUUAUUACAAGGAGUUGAUAUCCUUGCGAAAGCUGUUGCUGUCACAUUGGGUCCGAAAGGACGUAGCGUUUUGAUUGAACAGUCCUAUGGAAGUCCAAAAAUAACAAAGGAUGGCGUGACAGUGGCGAAAAGCAUAACCCUUCAGGAUAAAUUUGAGAAUUUGGGUGCAAGACUAGUUCAAGAUGUCGCGAACAAGACAAACGAAAUUGCGGGUGAUGGCACAACUACAGCAACAGUCUUGACACGUGCAAUUUUUGUUGAAGGUGUAAAAAAUGUUGCGGCCGGUUGUAAUCCAAUGGACUUGCGUCGUGGUGUCCAAAUGGCUGUUGAAGCAAUUGUUAAAUACUUGCGAGAGAAAAGUCGAGUGAUAACCACAAGCGAAGAGAUCGCACAAGUGGCUACUAUUUCUGCAAAUGGUGAUACACAUGUUGGUCAACUAAUUGCUAAUGCGAUGGAAAAAGUCGGUAAAGAGGGAGUGAUCACCGUUAAAGAAGGAAAAACAAUUGAAGAUGAGCUUGAAGUCACAGAAGGCAUGCGCUUCGACCGCGGCUACACAUCACCAUAUUUCAUUACCGAUCCAAAGACACAAAAAGUCGAAUUUGAGAAACCUUUGAUUCUAUUAUCGGAAAAAAAGAUAUCAGUAAUUCAAGAUGUUGUCCCGGCGUUAGAAGCUGCUGCGGCACAACGUCGACCACUCUUAAUUAUUGCCGAAGAUAUCGAUGGGGAAGCAUUAGCUGCGUGUAUUUUGAACAAGCUUCGUGGUAACAUUCAAGUGGCGGCAGUCAAAGCUCCAGGAUUCGGUGAUAAUAGAAAAUCUAUUCUUGGGGAUCUUGCUACGUUAACUGGUGGCACUGUGUUUUCUGACGAACAAGAAAUCAAAUUGGAACGUGCUACGCCUGAUUUAUUCGGAUCAACUGGUUCCGCGACAAUAACAAAAGAAGAUACAAUCCUGUUGAAUGGUGAAGGAUCAAAAGAGCAAAUCAAUUUCCGGUGUGAACAAAUUCGUGCCGCUAUUAGCGAUCCGAGCGUUUCCGACUAUGAACGGGAGAAACUCCAGGAACGUCUCGCUAAACUAUCAGGAGGUGUAGCUGUCAUCAAAGUAGGCGGUGCCUCCGAAGUAGAAGUUGGAGAAAAGAAAGAUCGAUUUGUCGAUGCUCUGAAUGCCACUCGUGCCGCUGUUGAAGAAGGCAUUGUACCAGGUGGCGGCAUCGCACUCUUAAAAUCUAUCAAAACCCUCGAUAAACUCAAACCCGCUAACUUUGAUCAACAACUCGGCGUCAACAUUAUCAAAUCUGCGCUCCAAAAGCCCGCUCGAAUAAUUGUGGAUAAUGCUGGCGAGGAAGGUUCCGUCAUAGUCGGCAAAUUGCUUGAUGAUCAUGGUGAUGAUUUCAAUUAUGGAUAUGAUGCUGCGAAGGGUGAGUACGGCAAUUUGAUUGAACGUGGGAUUGUCGAUCCUUUGAAAGUUGUUAGGACCGCUUUGGUCGAUGCGUCUGGUGUGGCUAGUUUAUUAACGACAACUGAGUGCAUAAUCACCGAAGCACCAG